CCGUCACGUCCGUUCGCUCCUCCCUCCCGUCGUCGGAUUCUCUCGCGGUAAUCGGAUCUCAGAAAAUCGCGCGCGAAGGAUUCUCGCGAAUCGGCGCCCCUCACGCGUCGAGCUUUCGAGUUGCUCGGGGGCAGAGUCGAGGCCCCUCUCACUGGCGUUCGGUUCGGUUUGAGUGUUGGUUGAGGAUUACGCGAGGUUGCGGCCCGGGCUUCGGAUUUCUCGCGCUGCGCCCAAGAUACAGGCGUUGCUCUCUAAAUGUCGAAUGUCACGAUGGUUGGAUUGAGUGUGAUUUUCCGCAUGAAUCUAGUUCUAAGUGUUGCAUUCUAAAAGCUGAGUUGCAUGAUGGUUAGAAUGAGCGCAGCUGUCCUUGUGAAUCCAGUUAUACAUGUUACAUUCUGAAAGCCGGAUUACAUGAUGGUUGGAUUGAACGUUGCUGUCCGUGUGAAUCCAGUCAUAGGAAGAGCAUGGCGCUAGGAUGCUGAAGGAAUGAGAAAUAUCUCGUUGCGAUCCGGCACUGUGAGUAAUCUGCAGUCAUCGCCCAUCAGCACCGAGGUUCGUUAUCCGUUCGGCGUUCAGAAUGAUUUCGGCCAGGUCGUCAUCCCGACCAGACUCAAGGAUGAGUCGUUGAAUUCGAACCCGCGUUCACCAAGUUCAAAAACAAUUCCACACGUUGGACCAUUUGCUUCUUACCCGUCUUCCCAUUCCAGUAGCUCUCUUCAAAGCCUAGAAUCGUCUGUUGGACUCGCGGAGAAUAUCGGCGUCGAGUUAGAGACUGCCAUCCGCACAAAUGACACCGCCAGAGUCAAACGCUUCCUCAACUUACACCAUGACAAGUUUCAGGUGAGUUCCAUUAUAAUCAUUUUUCCAUCGGCCUUCUCAUUCAACAUCCUUUUUGCCUCGAAUUUUUAACCACUGUAAGGCACAUCGGACGUUUUCGCACGAGCCGAUU